AUCCACCAUCGACGGGAGCCAAGGAACAGAUAUGUCACUUCAGAUUGCAGGCCUGACAUUGUCAUGUUCGAUUCUGAAUCAGCUUCCAACCUCGACCUGGACAUCUCUCUAGCCCACCCUUGGAGUGCGGAUGCAUUUCCAAGCUCUGCUGAUAGAACAGGCGUCGCUGCUAAACAACGAGAGAAUAGGAAGGCGGCAAAAUACAGCCAACAAAAGCUCCCUGGGACUUCAGUUCUCAAAGCCAUCCCCUUGGUAUUCGAACAUUUCGGUGCAUGGGGAGAAGAGGCCAGGAACUUCUUGCGAAAGCUAGCAGCUUUCUCAUCAGACGAAGUUGGUCAGCCAAACGCACCGGAAUUUGUGGACUUCUGGCGUAAACGAUUUUCAGUGCAGCUGCAAAAGUGCAACGCACGGGUCAUUCAGAAGAAAUUGAAUGUGUUGUGUGGUGGGUGUCAGAUUCCCGAGUCACUCAGCACUCAAUUCUUUUAUCAUUAGUGUACUUUUAGUUGUCUCUUUUGCC